AUGAGUGGAAGCUUUUCAGGCAACUACAAUUCCAUAAAACGAGAAGAGUACGACAGUGCAGAGGAGAUUCAUAGUUUUGAUGUUGUUUUUAGCUCAGAGGACAUUGGGCUUGUAAGGGAUGAUGGCGAGUCAAAUAAAAGCAGCAAAGUUGGCUCAGAAUUCAUAAUAGAUUAUAGUAAUGAAUUUGUGACUCAUGAGAUAUUCAAGUCUCGAGAUGAAUUAAUUCAGUGGGUACGUGAUGUUAGGAGGAGAAAUGGUUUGGUUAUUGUUGCGAAGAAAUCAUAUGCGGGUGGUCAUUCUUAUGCUAGGAAAUUAUCACAUGAGGAAACUUCUUUGUUGGUUGAUAUGUCAAAGAGUAUGGUACGACCAAGUGAGAUAUUAGUCACACUUAAACAACGCAAUAGUGAAAAUGUUUCCACAAUGAAAACAAUUUACAAUGCACAUCAACGGCAUAAAGUUUUUGAGAAGGCUGGGAGAUCUGAAAUGCAGCUACUAUUGGGUCAGUUAGCGGUGAACAAAUACAUAGAAUGGCAUAGGAACUGUAAAGAUACUAAGACUGUUACCGAUUUAUUCUUUGCACAUCUAGUUAGUUUGGAUUUGCUACGUGCAUUCCCACGCGUGUUACUAAUGGAUUGUACAAAUAAGACCAAUCGAUAUCGUUUGCAACUUUUAGAGAUUGUAGGAGUAACAUCCACUGAAAAGACUUUUUCUGUGGGUUUUGCAUACCGCCAGUAUGAGAGGGAGGAUAAUUAUGCUUGGGCACUUGGUAUUUUGCGUAGUUUGAUGGAUGAGAAUAGUCUUCCCAAUGUUAUUGUUUCAGACAGAGAAUUGAGUCUAAUGAAUGCUAUUGCAACGAUAUUUCCAUACGCUACAACAUUGGAAAUGAUAUUGGCAAAGUCCAAGCGAGCUUCUUUUGUCGGCAUUGACAUUGUUACAUGUGAUCCACAUUGGUCCAAGCUGGACAUGAUUAAUACUCCUAAAAAAUCAAAUUCAUUUUUGGAUUACAAAUCAGAGUUGGAUAUGUUUGCUCGACGUUACGAAGAGGUAGAUCGAACUAUGCAGGUUCAAAUAUUAAAGAAGUUGAGGGAGAUACAUACACCUGAGAGUACAUUCUUCAUUGAACCUGAAGUGAAGCUUAACCCACGAGGUCAACCAUCCUUGAAGAUUGAUACUUCUACUCGUCGUGAGCCCUCUGCCUUUAAGUUUGUUUCAUCUACACAGGACAGCUAUUCACCAAGUGUAGGUAUACCCACACUGAUCAACAACAAAAAAACCAAUUUGUCUUUCGUAGGUGAAUUUCCUUCAAGUUUGAGGCCAUAUAUUCAACUCGUGAAGAAUGUUAAUGCUAAUGGUAAUUGUGGAUUUCAAACCAUUGUUGGAUUGAUGGGAUUUUGGGAAGAUGGAUGGUUGCAAGUGAGGAAAGAUUUACUACAAGAAUUACAUGCCCAUAUAGAUCGCUACAAGAGUUUAUUUGGGGGUCAAGAAAGAGUUGAUGAGUUAACUACUACUUUAGCGUAUUUUGAAUCAAAUGCUGCAUAUAGUCAUUGGAUGACAAUGCCUGACAUGGGUCAUCUGAUAUUAUCUUUUUACAAUGUUGUGUUAUUUCACUUAUCUUCUCAACAAUGCCUUACUUUUCUCCCUCUUAGAACGAUCCCAAUGCCGAUUGCAUCUCGCAAGGAGAUAUGUAUCGGGUUCGUCAACAACAACCAUUUCAUUCAGGUCUUCUUGGCGCAUGGUCACCCGAUGCCACCUAUAGCAACAAAUUGGCAACGUUACCAUUUAUGUGCUGCUGCAGGAUGGGAGACAACUUACAAUGCCCAAGUACAACAUUUCACUUCACUCGUAGGAUCGAGUGUAGCAACAACUGAGACAAUAGAGUUAGAUGUAGACAUAUGA